CCCAUUCAUAAAUAAGUCAUGUCUAGGAGGAACCAAUGUAACAAGUAUUGAUAGUUUUCGCACGCGACGCGCCCGCUACAGCAUUUCUAACUAUACCCCGAGCCGCGUGUGGCUCCGGCGAAUUAUAUUUCUUCCCCUGGCGGACAGCGACAGCGGUGUUUAUCGAUACGCGGAGCAAAUGAGAUUGACUUCCGACUGGUGACCCCUUUCUCAAACUGUAAUGACAUGAGCGCUCCAGCAGGAAGCUCAAAUCAUUUUGUGUUUAGAAACAUUGUAGCGCGUCCGCCAAUACUCCUGUCUGUCCGACUGUGAGGAAUAAUGGAGCGUUUUUGAACAAGCCUUUAACGCAGAUACUGUAGCGCUCAAUCCGAUGUUUUAAAUGUGUGUAGUGUCCGUCCAUUUGGACGCAUCAAAAGUAAGCAAUUCGCUUUUCUGAAGCCAAAUGGAAAGCUGAACCAUGGCAGCAAAAGAGGACCUAUAUGCCAAAGUGGCUCCACGGAUGCAGCGGCAGAACCGGCCAGGAACUGUCAAACAUGGAAACAGUCUGGAUGUUUUGCUGUCAAUGGGCUUCCCUAAAACCAGGGCGCUAAAAGCUCUGGUUUCGACUGGGGGCAGAAAUGUACAAGCAGCCUGUGACUGGUUGUUCUCUCAUGUGGAUGACCCGUUCCUGGAUGAUCCUUUACCCAGGGAGUAUGUGUUGUACCUGAAACCCAGCGGUCCUCUCCUCAACCAGCUUUCCAACUUCUGGCAGCAGAGUCGCAUCACAUGUGGCAAGAACAAAGCCCACAACAUCUUCCCUCACAUAACCCUCUGCCAGUUCUUCAUGUGUGCAGAUGGCAAGGUGGAUGCCCUCUGUGAAGCUCUGCAGGCAGUGGUGGGUCAGUGGAGAGGUCGUUUCCCCUCCCCGCUCCCCCUAGAAUUCUACUCGUCCUCAAACUUCAUUGGCCUCUUUGUGGACGAGAAGGUGGCUGAGGUGAUCAAGAGCUUUGCAGCAGACUUUGCCACUGAGGCGGCUUCCAAAGCAGAUGCUCAUGUGGAGCCCCAUAAGAAGCAGCUUCAUGUAACUCUUGCCUACCACUUCCAAACCAAUCAUCUUGCAUCAUUAGAAAAACUUGCCAAAGGUGUAGACAUAACCCUGGGCUGUGAUUGGCAGGCUGUACUCUUGUCACGGGACAUCCGAUUUGCCAAUCAUGAGACCCUGCGGGUGAUGUACCCUUAUGCGCCUCAGAAUGAUGAUGAACUGGAGCUGGUGCCCGGUGACUUCAUAUUCAUGUCAUCUAUAGAACAGGCCACUGCCAGUGAGGGCUGGGUCUAUGGGACCUCGAUGAGCACAGGGUUGUCUGGGCUACUGCCAGAAAACUACGUCAACAGAGCAGACGAGUGUGACACUUGGGUCUUUCAUGGGUCUUUUUCUUUCCUUAAUGGAACCCCGCCAACCAAUAUCAGGGGUGCAGUGGGUGGGAUUUUUCUUGACUCACACUUGGACGGUCGUCUCCUUGAUGACCCCAUGCCAUUGGAUCCCCCCAGUCUGAGCGUUAUAUGUCAACCUAUGCAGAUCCUACGACCCAGUCAGUCUCGUUUGCCUAAGAGAACAUUGUUUGUGUGUCGCCACGGUGAGAGAAUGGAUGUAGUGUUUGGGAAACACUGGAUCUCUCAGUGCUUUGAUGCCAAAGGUCGGUAUGUGCGGUCAAACCUCAAUAUGCCAACGAGUGUCCCAGCGAGGAGUGGGGGGUACAGGGACUAUGAUAAGGACUGUCCUAUCACUGUGUUCGGAUCCACACAGGCUCAUCUAGUCGGGGAGGCUCUCCUGGAAAGUCAUACAGUGGUAGACUUUGUAUACUGUUCUCCAUCUCUGCGCUGUGUGCAAACAGCUCAUAAUAUCCUCAAAGGUCUUCAAAAGGAUGGGAAGACUAAAAUCAGAGUUGAACCGGGGUUGUUUGAGUGGACUAAAUGGGUGUCGGGAACCUCAUUACCUGCCUGGAUUCCUCCUGCAGACCUGGCGGCUGCAAACCUUAGUGUGGAUACAACGUACAGACCUCAUAUUCCUGUCAGUAAACUGGCCGUGUCUGAGUCCUAUGAAACAUACAUCAGUCGCAGCUUCCAAGUGACGCGUGAAAUACUGUCAGAGUGCAAUAAUCUGGGAAAUACAGUGCUGAUUGUGGCCCAUGCUUCCUCUCUGGAGGCUUGUACGAGGCAGAUACAGGGACUGACCCCACAGAACGCUAAAGACUUUGUGCAAGUGGUCAGAAAGAUACCUUACUUAGGCUUCUGUGCUUGUGAGGAGAUGGGUGAGACAGGCGUUUGGCAGCUUGUGGAUCCACCCAUCCUGCCCCUCACCCAUGGGCCCAAUCACAGCUUUAACUGGAGAGAAGCACUGCUGCAGGACUGAGAGGCUCUGCAACUUUUACCCUCACUGCUCUUCCUCCAAAGGCAACAGAGACGUGCUUACAGUCACAUCAUCACAGAUCUGCAUUAUAGCACUAUAAACAGCUCAUGCUUCCAUAGCCACGUUCUUGCCCUGCUGCAGUACACCUCAUUGACCCUGUCUUAAUAUAUAAAGCAUAAGAGCAGUAAUAUUUGCGAUAGAUUUCCAUAACGUGCUCAAACACCAUUUUCCGGCCUAUAGACAAGCUGCAGCAGAACACAUGCAUCCAACUGUAGCCCAGGCGAAACUAAAAAUCCGAAUGCUUCAAACACACACAUCAAACACAGGAUGUAAUACACGGCGAUAAACUCAGGUUUCCUGCCUCAGUGAGGAGGAAAUAGUGCGAAAAAAGUUGAUGAGUCAUCAUCCAACACUUCCAAAAUGGAUGCCGCUGGGUCUCCGAACCAUUUGUAAACUCCAUUUUCCUAAACUCUGUAGGGGAAUGGGAUUCUCCCUUUUACACUGUGAAUCAAAUAGGCAUGCACAACCUAUUGCAUCAAGAUUUCCCAAUUACACCUGCUACAAGCCCGCUCACCAACCUCCUGAAAGCACAAGAAUAUAAUCUGGCAAUCAGAUAGACUGAGACCAAGCAGCUUUAAAGUAGUGUAGAAAUGGAUUUGGUGGACAGCACAUUCGUCCUGUGCCUUGCUGUCAUGCUGCUACUGUUAAACACUUUGCAACUAUAGGACACUUUGGGAGGACUGUUAGUUAGGGCUUAUUAGAAGACAGUAUUUAAAGAUGUACUGUCAUGCUUUUCGCAUGUAGGGUUGAUUUUUAAAAGAGGGAGAUGAUAAACCCAGUAAGAACGUCAUCAAAGGCAGUGCCACAAAUGGUUUCAACUUCUCAAGCAGCAGCUUAAAUAAUGUUAUGUGCAGCUGUUAUGCUGAACGGCGAGCUUUACUUUCUGAGCACUUGAAAAAUCGAACCAAACAGGAAAGAAUGCUUCAGCAAUGUAAAGAAUUGUAUAUUAAUGCAUAACGUGUCUGUAUAUACUAAGUAACAUAGUAAAAUCCAUUUGAUGUGUUUCACCUUUAAAUGGAAAAAAUAUAAUUGCAUUUAUUUAUGUAUUCAUAAGAUAGUUGUAAAGAGAAUAUGUUGGUGCUUCAGUUUUUUUUUGUUAUUUCCUGUUAAUGGAAUAGAGAAAUCAAGCCAUAGCAAAUGAUGAUAUAUAUCACUAUAUGAUGCCGUGUUUCUCUCCACUCCGAGCACUUACAUAAGCAUAUCUGUUACGAUUACUGUAAUAUGCCAUCUGUGUUCCCUGAACUUCAUAACUAUUUUAGCCCACCUAUGGUUUGGCAUUUAAUGAUGAUAAGGAGGAGGCAUGCAUAAUGAGAUGUGCAAUGCAGUGCACAAGCUAAAGAGGUUUAUGGGAUUUUUUGUUAUAGUUUUCAAUGUGUGCACAUGUAGUGCAUUUACUUAGAUGUUAUGUUUUUACUUUUUUGCUUUUUUAUUGAGUUUUAAGAGUUGAUCUCUUGCCUAAAUGAUUCCUGUCAAGGGAUGAAAGGGAUAGUUUUACCCAAAAUUUCUUUCCAAACUUGUUUAUUGCAUUUCAGACAUAGAAAAAACAGACAAUGGAAUUGUCAAUAUGAAUAAAUAAGUAAAAGUACAACAACAGAUACACCAGAUCAAUUGUCAGAUUUUUCUUUUUUUUUUUUUCACUUUUUUUAAUACAGUCUAACAUAGUGAAAUAAGAUAAUUUUUCUCCUGCUGGUUUAGCCAAGUUAAGUUGUGUGUUCAUAGAUCACAAUUGUGACGAGGCUAUGUAUCCAUAGCCAUGGUAUAAACCUAUUUUGUAUACAUUCAGGCCACACUUUCCAAUAUACUGAAAGCAAAUGAGGGCUUGUGUGCCUGUGUAUGACUACUAUACUUUUUUUUUAUUUUAUUUUGAGAUGGUUUCAAUUCAUAAAAGUUAAUAGAAAUGACCUAAAAUUAAUGAUCCAGCUGCAUUUAUAGUUAAAAGCCCACUCAAAGGGAAGGAAUACACAAAACCAUUAAGUUGAAAUAAUACACAAGCCUUUUGUUUUUUAGGUGUUUUAUCCCUUUCAAACUUUUCAGAUUACAGGGAGUCUAAGACAAAUCUGUCUUCAUUAAUUUGGCAUUUUCCAGCUCAACAGUAACAUAGCCUUCUAAAUGCUUCCUACUCACACAUUUAUGUCAGCUCAUGUCUUUCUGUGGAGAUUUCUAAUUAGCCAAGCCAGUGUAAGUGUGUGUGGGUGUGGUUGAGUGUUUGCUCAUGUGCUAGAAGAUGAAAAUGCUGUUCUGCCCAUAAAAAAAUAAUUACCUUAUUAAAUCAUCCUCGUCUACUAUAACAACAUGUCUACCGUGAAUAGAUCCUUGUUCUUCCAAUGGCCACACACAAGCAUAAUGUGUAUCAGUGUGUAUUACCACAGAGGGUUGAACGAGUACAGCUUGACAAAAGCUGAUUCAUAACUGUGUUUGAUUCACUGAGAGGUAAUAUUGUCACUGUAUGUUUUCAGAAGCAUGCUAUGUGUGCAACUUCUUCUGAUUGUUUGGGAAGGGGGGUGGAAUAUGAGGCAAAGUGCUUCAUUGAUUUUUUUUUUUCAGAGGCAGAAUGAAUCAUUUUUAAUGCGUAUACUUUAAGCAUAUUCUGACCAACAAUUAGCAUUUUGGCCAUGAGUGUUUGUGUUUGUCCUGAUGCUCUUGAGAAUCAUGAGAUGUUUUAUAUACCCUACUGAUCAGUGACUGGGGAAAUCAAUAAAUAUACAAUAUCUAAAUACAAAAUAGUAAGAAAUAUAAAACCAGUGUAUUACAGAUUGCUAUUUUAGCUGUUGUUAUUUUAAUUGUUGUUUGGUCUUUCCUGAAAUGAGUCAUGUUUAGUUUAUAUACAACAUUAGGGUUUUAUUUAGGUCUUCUAAUUUAUUUAAACUUAUUCAAGUUUUACCUUGGGGGCAUUUUAGCAGCUUGAAAAUUAUCCUUGCAUGCCCAAGAAGAAAAUGCAAAUGUAACACCUCCAUAUAGUGAAAAGUUGUACAUGAAUUGACUGCACAAAACAUACGUUAUAGUUCAGUGCUCAAAAAAUUAAAUAGAUUACAAAAGCAUAUGUGACAUUCCGCCACAAAGCUACCUUUUUAAUAUGAUUGUUGACUUUUAUUUUAAGACUUGUUUUAACGCGUAAUGUUUGUAAAGCAUGUUUGCGAAUAAAUCUUUUGUCAUCCUGCA